AUGGAUUCUACACCUCCAAGCCUUACCAAACCAACAUUCGAGCACUUGCGAGAAGACCAGUUCUUCUCAGGAAGCGCCGAGCCAAGAAUUUCAUGGAAAUUCGCCUAUGACCAAAGCACCGCUCCCGGGUGGGAACAAAAUGCAUACGAAAUUGAGAUAUGCUCACCCACCGAAAAUAAGCCAGAAGUGUUCCAUGUCGAGAGUAGCGCCUCAAUCCUGGUGCCAUGGCCCAGGGGUGCCCUCAAAUCCCGAGAAUCCGCAUUGAUCCGUGUCCGCUCUCAGGGCACCUCAAACAAGUCUAGAAACGACUCUCUAUGGACAGAAUGGUCUGACACUGCGUCCAUCGAAACAGUUUUGCUAAACAAGCAUGACUGGUCCGCCCAGUGGAUUGCUUCUUCAUCCAAGCCUCAGCCGAAUUCGAACGGAUCGCUCCAGCCCCUACGAUUCUACAAAACAUUCGACGUGCCAUCCGACCCCGUUUCCAAAGCUCGUAUCUACAUCUCAGCGUUGGGAGUUUUCGAUGUUUAUAUCAACGGACAACAAGCCGGCGACGAGUUUAUGGCUCCUGGCUGGACCUGCUACCAACAUCGUAUUCCCUACCGAGCUCUUGACAUUACGUCUCUACUGGAGCCUGGUAAGCUAAAUACGGUCUGCAUCGAAGUCGCAGAAGGCUGGUAUUACGGCCGACUCGGAUUCAAUGGCGGGACACGAUUUAUCUACGGUGGCGAUGAGCUAGCUGUUAUAGGGCAAAUAGAGGUUCACUCCAAGUCGGAAGACUCAGACGGGUCGGCAUGGACCUUGACGACUGACGAUUCAUGGAAAUGUACACCCAGCGCUAUUAAACAAAGCGAGAUAUACGACGGAGAAACUUACGAUGCUAGAAGUGAGAAAGACAAUUGGAAAUCGGUAGGCCUUGGUAGCUCUGACUCUCUCAGUCCAACCAAAACCAUACCUCCUCCGAAGGGUAGUCUCUUCUUUGCCAAGGCACCACCAGUACGAGUGACUGAAACUGUCACUCCGGUUGACGUAUUCCGUAGCAACAGCGGCAAGGCUAUCAUCGAUUUUGGGCAAAAUCUUGUCGGAAAGCUUCUGGUCAAGAGCAUCUCCCUGCCUGAUGGAGAGAGUGUCAUUUUCAAGCACGCCGAAGUCAUGGAGCACGGAGAGCUAGGCACGCGUCCCCUGCGAAUCGCCAAAGCCACAGACACUGUCAUCUCCGCCGGAAAGGAGAUCCAGAACUGGACUCCUCGAUUUACGUUCCAUGGCUUCAGAUAUGUCCAGAUCGAUAACUGGCCGGGAGAGCUACCUUCCAAGGAUGACUUUGUCGCCCAGGUCUUACACACUGAUCUGCAGAGGCGUGGACAUUUCAACUGCUCCAACAAGUCAGUCAAUCAACUUCACAAGAACGUCGUCUGGUCUAUGAGAAGCAAUUUUCUUUCGAUUCCUACCGACUGCCCUCAGCGAGAUGAGCGCCUGGGCUGGACAGGCGAUUUGCAAGUCUUCUGUCCUUCGGCUAGCUUCCUGUACGAUGUGACCGGUAUGUUGAGUGACUGGCUUCAGGAUGUCGUCUCGGAGCAGAUGGGGGAGGGUAGAGGCGGCAUACCGCCGCUUGUGUGCCCUGAUAUACUUCCCAAGAACUGGCCGCACAUGCCUCAAGCCAUCUGGGACGACGUCACUGUACUCACCCCCGAGGUACUUUACAGAUACAGCGGCGAUAUUGAGCUCCUUGAGCGUCAUUUUGAAAGCAUGCAGACCUGGAUCGACAAGGGAAUCCACCGUGGGCCGGAUGGUUUGUGGAAUAGCGAUCGUUGGCAACUUGGAGACUGGCUUGAUCCUCGUGCACCUCCCGAGUUUCCUGGCGACGGACGCACCGAUCCAGUCUUAGUAGCAGAUGCUUAUCUCGUCCGUGUCACGGAUGUCUUCUCCCAGGUGUGCGGCAUUCUAGGCAAAAAAGACCUCGCUGCCAAGUAUGCAGAGGAUGCGGCAGCACACCGAGUCACCUUCCAGGACAAAUACAUUAGUCCCAAGGGAAAUCUGAUGUCCAACUCUCAGACUGGGGUUGCGCUUGCUAUCCAGCAUGGACUCUACAAGGACAAAGAGCAGUUGGCGGUGGGGAGAGCCUCUUUGAACAGGCUUGUACGCUCCUCGCAUUUCCACAUCGCAACAGGAUUUGCCGGUACUCCCAUCAUCACACACGCACUGACGGCAUCGGGAGCAACGCAACUUGCGUACCGCAUGCUGCUGGAGAAGACCUGUCCCAGCUGGAUGUACCCGGUGAGCAUGGGAGCCACGACUAUCUGGGAGCGUUGGGACAGCAUGUUGCCUGAUGGCACCAUCAAUCCUGGAGAGAUGACGAGCUUCAACCACUACGCACUUGGUGCCGUUGCGGACUGGUUGCACGGCACGGUAGCUGGCAUAAGUCCGUUGGAGCCUGGAUGGAAAACCUUCCGGGUCAGACCUAUCCCAGGUGGCAAUCUGACGAGUGCUGAGGCUUCUUUCGACGGCCCUUACGGCCUGAUCAAAGUUCACUGGGUGUUCAACGACGGGAAAUUUGCACUCAAGCUGCAGGUUCCCCCGAAUUCCAUGGCAGUCAUCAUUCUCCCAUCAGAGACGAAGGAUGCGGAUCAUCCUCCCAGUGAGUUGACUGUUGGUUCAGGAUUCCACGAUUUUUCGUGCGCCUUUAACCCCGGGGAGUGGCCACCAUUGCCUUGGAUGCCAGCGCACAAGAAGGAGUCAACUACAGAUACAAUUGCUGUUUGA